UGCCAACCUUCCAUGUCUCCCACUUUUUCUCUCUGUGUGCGUCUCUCGAAUUCUUAAUUCUUUGUUCUUCUCAUGACAAUGACAAUAACGAAAUAGAAAGGGAAACGCACUGAAAAUGCUUCCUCUUCUGCUGAGAUGACCGUGACCCACAUAGUUGAUGAACCUUCUCAAAGCUUCAUUCCCCACCCCAGAAUGCCUCGCCGAUUAAUCGAAGUGGGAUCUCCUUCAUCCUCUCAGAAUUUUCAGGCAUCAUCCGUACAGAAUUCUGAAGGAUUGUUCUUUCUCUUAGGAGGGAUAGUAAUGCUCAUCAUAUUGCUGAUUCUUCUAUUUGUGUGUCGGAAUCAUAUUAAACCAGCAAAACUAAUGAAAAUGAUGGCUUGGAACAAACAGCAGCUUCUGAAUGAGCAGCAACGAGAGGUGGUGGAGAUGAUAGUUUCAACAAGUAAGCAGCAAGGAUCCAUGGAAGUCUUGAGUGGGAGCCUCCGAACAAUUAUCUACUUUGACUACUGGACAUUGAAGAAGGCAACCAAGAAUUUUCAUUCCGGUAAUCUUCUCGGAAGUGGUGGAUUUGGGCCUGUCUAUCGGGGAAAGUUGGCAAAUGGAAGGCUAAUUGCAGUUAAGAAACUGUCUGUUAACAAAUCCGAACAAGGAGAGAAAGAAUUUCUAGCAGAGGUGAGAAUGAUCACCAGUAUUCAGCACAAAAAUCUGGUUCGCCUUAUUGGAUGUUGCACAGAAGGGAUUCAAAGGAUGCUUGUGUAUGAAUAUAUGAAGAACAAAAGUUUGGACCUCUAUAUAUUUGGAAGCAGUGAUCAAUUUCUAGACUGGAGAACUAGGUUCCAAAUUACCCUUGGAGUAGCACGUGGAUUGCAAUAUUUACAUGAGGAUUCACAUAUCAGAAUUGUUCAUCGAGAUAUUAAAGCAAGCAAUAUUCUUCUUGAUGAAAAGUUUCGUCCAAGGAUUGGGGACUUUGGACUGGCGAGAUUCUUCCCUGACGAUGAAGAUUACCUCAGCACUCAGUUUGCUGGAACAUUGGGUUAUACAGCUCCUGAAUAUGCUAUUAGAGGGGAAUUGUCAGAAAAGGCAGACAUCUAUAGUUUUGGAGUCCUUCUGCUUGAAAUUAUUUGCUGCAGGAAAAAUACGGAUCUUACUUUACCAUCAGAAAUGCAGUAUCUUCCCGAAUAUGCAUGGAAGCUCUUUGACAAGUCAAGGUUGAUGGAUCUUGUACACCCGAAAUUGCGGGAACUUGGAUUUAUAGAAAAGGAUGUUAUGCAGGCAAUCCAUGUGGCGUUCUUAUGUAUUCAGUCUCAAGCAAACUUAAGGCCUCCAAUGUCAGAGAUUGUAGCAUUGUUGACAUUCAAAAUUGACAUGAUUAGAACACCGACGAGGCCAUCCUUCCUUGACCGAAGGCAGAGAAAGGAUGAUGAGAACCAUUCUUGGGAAGCCAUAUCUGAGGCAUAUCCUUCACCAUUGCCCAAUGAUUCUGCAUCCAUACCAAAGUAAAGGCUACUUGUUCAUACUCGCUAUCAAAUAAGGAGCUAUGACUAUAUAAGGAAAAGGGGAAAUAUUUUGAAGGGCUAGACCACCUAUGCAUUAACCUUUUGCUUCAGGUAUUUGUAAUCUGCAAUGGA